AUGACAGACACCGCGGCCCCAAUCGAGCUACCUGUUAUUGACAUCUCGAACCCGCAUGACCCCGCCGUGGGGAAAGCGAUGCUUGAUGCAGCUGCCAAGUAUGGCUUCCUGUAUGUGAACAGCAAGGGCACGGAUUUUUCUGCCGCGGAUGUGGAUCAUGGGUUUAGUUUGUCGAAGAAGUUCUUUGCAUCCCCCGCGGCGGAGAAGGAGGUAUGCCGCAUUACGCCAAAUAAUCGUGGUUGGUCUGGUAUGCACACCGAGACACUCGAUCCCGAGCACCAAAGGACCGGAGAUUUCAAAGAGGCUCUGAACUUUGGUGACUUCGAAGAUGGCAAGGCUCAACAGCCUCUCCCAGAAUCACUACUCCCGCAUGAAUCCGAGAUUGACGGGUUCGCACAACUCUGCAACAAGACCUGCAACCGUAUUCUGACCCUCCUCUCCCUGGGUCUAGAGAUGCCAGGAGACUUCUUCACAACACGUCAUGAUCCCAAUAAUGGUCCAACUGGUAGUAUCCUCCGCUACUUAUACUAUCCAUCGAUCUUUUCUCCCGCAACAGCAAGCUACAAGCAUGACAAGGAUGUUCGUGCCGGCGCCCACUCUGACUACGGAAGUAUCACGCUUCUUUUCCAGCGCCCCGGACAGCCGGGACUGGAGAUUUUAACUCCAGAGGGAACAUGGGCGCCUGUACCUAUUAUUCCUGGCAAUGAUGCUGAUGCGUACCCGUUUCCGCCUAUUUUGGUGAAUAUCGGUGAUUUGCUGAGUUACUGGACGGAUGGACUGCUCAAGUCUACUGUGCACAGGGUUGUGUUCCCGCUGGCAGAGCAGAGAAGUCCUAACCCUCAGGAUCGGUAUACCCUGGUUUACUUCUGUCAUCCUGUUGAUGCGACUGAGUUGGUUCCUAUUCCUAGCGGGGUUGUUACUGAGUAUCGCGCUAAGACUGGGGGUAUGGGUGUUGUUGGGUUUGGGGGUGGAGCGGGAGAUUUGGAGCCUGGGAAGAGGCCUUUGACGGCGCAGGAGCAUUUGGAGUCUCGACUAGCUGCUACGUAUGGGUUUACGAAGGAGGAAUAG